AUGAAGCUGUUCAAAAUCUUCUCCUCCUCAGCCAACAACAACCGCAUCACUGCUGAAGACAUCCGCCAGUACAAGAAACUCCAUUAUCAUAUGAAGCUCAAAAGAAUGGAAGCGGACGGAAUGCUCAACAUGACCAACGGUGAAACCAUCUUCAGAGUUACCUGCGAGACUAUCGAUAGAGCCACAAAGUCCCUAGAGAAAGUGAUCCGUCGUGGACGAGGACAAUACAAACCGGGUAGCAAGACCAGCAUGCUCGUGGCCGAGGCUGAAAUGAUGAAGAAAGAGUAUGAGAAUAUGGCUAUCAAAAUGCAGAUCAAGCUUCGUCCAUCAAAAGCAGAAGACGUCAUUGAACAGUGGCUCAGUGACACUACUAGCAAUGGCACUGAGGAUAAUAAAGCUUUUGUUGAUACUAAAACAAACAGCAUCGAAAUCCCGAAAUGUGUUGCAGACACCGCUGCUAACUGUCGCAAGAAGAGCCCACCUGUUGAACCUAAGAAGAUAAACUAUAACGUCGAGAAGUGGUACAACUACACUGUGAAUGACCGUGACGAGGAGCAGAAAAUGGCUGAGAUCAAAGCUAACAACCUCAAAGUCGAGAAAUGGCUCAAGGAUACAAUGGGUCGCAGUGACACGGAGAAUAUAACUGUUGUGACUAAACCGAACAGCGUCAAGGCGAAGAAGUGGCACAAAUAUCAUGUUGGUGGACGUGGCGAGGAGAAGAAGACGGUCGAAGUUGAGAAGGGAAUCGCCAACACACUUCCCAAGCCACAAGAACAUCGUGUGUACCUCGAAAUCAUUGUUUGA